AUGGGAACUUUUUCUAUGAUAGAAGCUUCUAUCAAGGCCAAGUCGCAGUCGGCAAACGAGCGAGCCGCCAUGCGCCGUGACCAACCUUUUGAAGUCAGUCAUCCGCUCGUCAAGGUGGCGAUUAUCCUCUCUACGGUACCCCAGUCCGAGCGCUCGAUCAUGGAGCGUGAUCUUCUGAACAUCCUCGACUAUAUCCUCGACGUUUACUCGAAGAAGGUUGCACGCCGCGGGCCCGGGAGUCUCGCCGAUUGUGUAGUGGAGGACGUCUGGGCCAACGUUCCGAUCAAGCUUUGUACGAAAAAGCAGGCGCAUGAGCUUGUCAAUGGACUCGGCGAUAAUCUGGUGCUACUUUCCCUGGGAUAUCUCGGACGCGAUAUGUUCACUCACCGUCCUUCUGCCGACUUUCCUCUACUUCCGUCAGAUGAGUACAUGAGCGCGCACCCGAAUGGUCACCUCAAUGACGCGUACAUGCUGGGCAUGAUGCCACUGUUUGCGCCCGACUCGCACUGGAACAACGAAGACAUACCGGCCUCGGGCUCCCUCGACGACGUCCCUGACGAGGAAAUGGCUUGGGAGACGGAGGAGGCCCCCGCCGAGCAGGAUGUGACCAUGGCAUAA